UGUAGUCGCAGUCAGCUUUUCUUUUGUAUAAUGUAAUAAUUGCAAAAUGUGCUUAGCUAAAAGAAAUAGUUAAAUAAACUUAAAUAAUGCUACCCUACAUCAGCCCAGAGGAAAACGUGGUGCCUAUGGCGAGAAAAGUGUAUAUUAAUCCAAAUUUCAGAAGCCAAGUGUCAAGAGCUGUAGUUGUGAGUCAGCAACAACAAUAUGCGAUACCAAUACCAACGCUGCAAGGUCAUAUUGCGCAUCCAACCAUAGCUCAGCCUGCCAUACAUAUAAAUCCCUAUUUUCUUCAAAGACAAUAUCAAUUGGCUUUCAACAAUGCGCCUUUCCAGCAACAAGUGUCAGAAUAUCGCAAUGUAGCUGCUGCUGAGAUAUCUGUACCAGUGCCAGCUGCUAAAAUUAUAAAUAAGGCCAGUACUUCGAUUGUCCGUAAACCUCGUGUGGGUAUUUCUGCUAUAAAGGCCACUUCUGUGCCAGUUGUUCAGCCCCCCCUACUAAGCAAAACAAAGCGCAAAAUUGUGCGACAAGGUGCUAGUGUUAGCAGUAGCCCUAAACCAGCUUCCACAGCAACAAAAACGAAUCCACCUCCGCCCCAAAAACGAACAAGAUACAAACUUGUGCGGGCCAUCUCUCUAACCUCCACUAAUACUCCAUUGGUGAAGAAGCGCCGUAAAUGCGACUUUGUCGGGCGUUAUGCUUUGAGGCGCAGCAGCAAUGGUACAAAUCCUGCUAAGAAAUUGAGCUUAAAACCGCAUGUCUUGAGACCAAGUGUUAACAAAUCUUUGAGCAUGGUCAGCAUACAUGGGGUUAUGUAUAAGAAAACUGCUAAAAAUAAGUUAACCAAAUUGGAAGCAAAUGCCACCGCAACAGUUGCCAAAUCUUCGCCAUCACUCAAAGCAACGCCCUCAGCUCGCACUCUGUUUGUGCGUGGCACAAAAUUUGUCUUGGAUCCGUCGGGCUGUCGUCUCACACGUGUACCUGUAAACACAAUAUCAACUCAUCUGCCCGGAAGAACUAGCAGUCCAAUGCUGCGACGCAUCGAUAUCGGUGGUCUCACCUAUGUGGCCUCUGCAAAGGCACAAAAUGUCUACAUACGUACCACAAAUCAUGUAUCUCGUGCCCAUCUAAUGACUGCCAAACAGCGCAGCUUGCAGCUCCUUAAUCGAUCACUGGUAAAAACCAACAUACCAUGUGCAAUCUACCAACGAUUGGGCAAAUGCGCUGCCCAUGGUCGCGGUAGAUGCCGCAAGUUGCACGAUAAGCGUCAAGUUGCCAUCUGUUCAAGUUUCCUACGCGGCGAAUGCACCAAAUCAGAUUGCCUACUCUCGCAUAAUGUGACGCUGGAAAAGAUGCCUGUGUGUCGUUAUUAUUUGCGCGGUGCCUGUGUACGGGAGGACUGUCCAUAUUUGCAUAAAAAACUCAGUCGCAAGGCUGAAAUAUGCGUUGACUUUGUGCGUGGCUAUUGCGCACGUGCCGCUGAGUGCAAUAAACGUCAUGAGUUUGUCUGUCCGGAGUUUGCGCGCAAUGGCAAAUGUGAAUUAACAAGUUGCGCCUUUUGCAAACACAGGACCAAGACAAAAUCUAAUGUCGUCCCGUCACCAAAAACUAAAAAGGUCCCAAAACCAAAUGUCGUAGUGGUCCACGAUGUUGCAACCACCCCCUCCUCCGUUCUCGAUGAAGCAUCAUCCAUCACCUCGCGUUACUUCAAGUGUGAUGACAUCGUAACUAUAGAUAAACUGGAAGAGCUGCCACCCACCGAAUCCGCUGAUAUUUUCCAUAUCGAUGAACAAAUUGAAGAUGGUAAUGCAACAUCCACAGCCAACUUGCGCCAACGACCCAAAUUGGGUGCACUGCCCGCUUUUAUACCACUGGACGAGGACUGAUAGUGAAUGGCGAUCGCGUUGGACAACACGUUUCAGGUACAAAUUUAUUCUUUUAAGUUAAAAAGUUAAUAUAGUAAAUAAUAAGUUUUGGGUUUCUUAAUUAUUAAUUAGUUCCUAGGUCAGUAAAAGGCUUAAA